UGAUGAGUGGAGGAUAGGCCGGUCGGGUUGCUUCCGAUGAGAUCAAAUUAACUCGUGCAUUCUAUACGUCCAGAAGAGCCAUAUCUACCUUUACAUCUCCUCUCCUUGACAGUUACCUGCUUUCUUGCAGGCAGAUAUCCACAAUCUAGGCCCCUGCGACAAGUGAAACACGAAUUAUGGUCGAACGGACACCGACUGAAAUGGAGCGUGGAAUUCUACCUGGAUUUUGGUGAUGAAGCGGUCUGCAAUUCGUGACGGAGUACUGAUUUCCAUCUCGAUUCGCCUGCCCCACAUUCGCCAGAUGAGUGCGAGAACAGCUAACACAACCAUCCGGUAAUAUACAUUUUCAAAACAAAAAAAAAAAGAAAGAAAGAAAGAAAGCAAAAAUAUCUACGAUUCCAGCAUGACAGCAUCUCAGCAGGAAUUAAGAGAGUUCUAUGUGGGCAAGGAUGUCGGGGACGUGCCAAAGCCAGCCAUCGUUCUGGAUGCAGCGAUCAUCAAAAGACACUGCGAGGCUAUGCUUCGCACGGUGGAGUUGAAUGUCGGCUUCAGGGCCCAUGUGAAGUCUCACAAGACAACCGAGAUUGCGGAAAUGCAAGUUGGUGUUGGUGACAACAGUCUCGGAGCCAAUUUCAUCGCCUCGACGGUCUUGGAGAUCGAAACGCUCGUUCCUCUCCUCCGGAAGCUGCAUACCGAAGAGGCUCGCAGCGUCAAUGUCCUCUAUGGCAUCCCACUUGUGCCGUCGCAGGUCGCGCCACUGGCCCGGGCUGCGCUUGAAAUCGGCGCGGGAAGAGGAACUCUUGCAGUGAUGAUCGACCACCCGGACCAGGUAGAUUACCUCCAGCAGUACUUUGCCCUGACGAAUUCCCCCGCGUCUGUGUUUGUCAAAGUCGACACCGGGUAUCAUCGCGCGGGAUUGCCUCCCGCGGCUCUGAACAAGCGCGGCUUGCUGGAGAAGCUAGCGAACGCAGAGAAACUGGGAUACGCGUCUCUGCUCGGGUUCUACUCCCACAGUAGUCUGAGCUACGCUGGGACUACGCCCGAGGAAGCAAUGGCACAUCUGACGCAAGAAAUCGAGGGCUGCAAGGAAGCCCUGGAAACCCACUUAGAGCUUCUUCCCGAAAAGAAGGAACUGGUGAUCAGCGUCGGGGCAACGCCGCAAGCACUGUCGUCCCAGAAUCUCCUACCGGGGGGCGUAUCCAGUCCCGAGGCGACGGCGCUAAAGAACUUGCUGCGCAAUCCGCUCAACCAGGACCGCGGGGUGCAGGUGAAAAUUGAAAUCCACGCGGGCGUGUACCCACUGCUCGACAUGCAGCAGCUCUCCACGCAUGCCCGAAACGGGAUCCGAAACCCCGAGGAUGAAAUCGCUAUCUCAGUGCUCGCGGAAGUCUGCAGCAUCUAUAACGACGGCGAACGAGCUAAGCCCGAGGCGCUCCUUGCAGCGGGGACCCUGGCGUUGGGAAGAGAGCCCUGCGCCGGGUAUCCAGGUUGGGGCGUGAUUUCGUCCUGGCGACAGUCGGGUGGAACUUCUUCUUCUUCUUCUUCUUCUUCUUCUUCUCGUCUGAUCGUCGAGCGAAUCAGCCAAGAGCAUUCCGUUGUCUCGUGGGAAAACCCCGAGCAUCAACCAUCUCUGAUCCCCCUCCGUAUAGGACAAACAGUCAAGAUCUACCCGAACCACGCCUGCGUGGCAGCCGCAUUCUACGGAUUCUACUUUGUCGUCGACUCAGACCAGGAUCCGGAAGCAGCAAGAAUCGUGGAUGUCUGGGUGAGAGCCAGAGGCAGUGAUAUUACCGAACCGGUCUUACUACCCAGGGUGCAGUAGUUUGCGAGUCGCUUACAGUAACUAUCUGGCAUUCUUGUUACGAAGGGCAGCACCAUCACCAACCUUUCUUUGCGAAGUAUAUAUAUAUAUAGUCGAUUAAGACGACGGGCAAUUCAAGCUCUAUGUACUCUUUAUAAAGGUAAUGAAAAU